AUGGCGUCCAACACACAAAGACUACUUCCUGGUUAUCGACAGGUAACAGCGUUCGAUGAUGACGAUGAAUACGAGUCCGGCGAGGAGGUUGAGUAUGUCACCCUUGACCUCGGCGCGAUCGAGCCUCUUCUUGUCCCUAGCACGGACCAGUACGCGCUCAUUGGGCUCGACACACCAACACCAUUCCUCCAGCUCUCCGGCACAGUUCUUCGAGGAAAACACGACGAGCUAAUUGGAACAGAGAUGCUCUUCUCAGACGAAAGGGAUCAGGAUGCAGAACACCGCGAGAAACGAUCUCUAACGCAUGUCGCUUCUACAUCUCGGCGCAUACGCUUCCGUCCGGUAGAGUUAAGACCUCGCGGCGCCGAUAAGGACGACGCACCGAAGGAGGCCCCUCUUGCGCGCACACGGACGAGACUUCGGAACGACGCCCUCGCCGCAGCGUCUGCUGCCAAAGGAAAGGCAAAAGACAACCGAAAGAUAAGGGACGUUACGAUCAGCGAGGCGCUUGAAGAGCCUGAUGUUACAGAGGCUGCAGAGGCAGCUACGGCACCGGCGACAGCUGAACCUGAGGAAGCGGCAGGUCCCAGCGUCUCACUCGAGCGCAUCACUGGCGAGAACCAGUCUCGGCGAAGGCGGUCGAGAAAGAAGAAAGGCAAGGAGAAAGAAGAGGAGAUUGAUGGAGACGGGGAUGUGGGGCAGGACGCGCCAGCAGACCUUCAGGCUGGUGCAAGUGAAGGCGUUGAGGGCGCUAUGGACACCACGUAG